AUGACUGUCGCCAACAACCAGAGCCUGGAAUUGGGACUUUUGACCGGCACCACCCCUGAGCAUCGUGAGCCUGGAAGUCUGGCCGCGGAGAACACCUUGCGCUCGAAAUUUAAUUGGAAAAAUGUACUCCUCGCUUUGCUCUAUGCACUCACACCGGAAAUCUUACAGCGUAGAAAAGCAGGCAGCACGAAGCGGGCUGGUGGGACUGCGUGGCUGGAUGGCCUCCGAGGAGUUGCGGCGUUGAUUGUCUGUCUGCAUCAUUUGACAGUGUACACGCACRAGGGAUUGGAAUUAUGCUAUGGCCAUCCGCUCUACUUCGCGACUUACAACAAUCGCGCGAUUGCACUGCCGUUCUUGCGCAACAUCUUCGUCGGAGGACACUUUUCUGUCAUGCUCUUCUUUUGCAUUUCGGGAUAUGUGGUUCCAAGACGACUGAUUACUCAUCUGCAUGAAGGACGGAGGGACGAAUUCAUCGAGGGCAUCAACUCUGCCAUUUUCCGACGUCCCGGGAGACUGCUGAUUCCCGUGAGCUUUACUACGCUGGCGAUUGCAAUGGGAUGGCAUAUCUUUGGAUAUAAGACUGCUUUUGGAGAGCCGCAGGCCAAUGUCUUUGCAGAAUUGUGGUUCUGGAUCAAGGAUCAAUGCAAGUUCUACUACUUCUUCCGGCAGGGAUUGUUGUUCUCAAUCUACAACUUUACGACAUGGACCAUUCCAGUGGAGCUGAGAGGGUCAAUGUUCCUAUUCGUAUGGCUUUUCGCCGUGCAUCAGUGCACCACGCGAGUCAGGAUCCUGCUAACGCUUGCAUUGACUUUGUGGUUGGAAUUCGGACCGCCAGGAGCCAUGUAUGCCGCGUUUUUCUCUGGCUUGUUGACUGCCGAAUUGGACAUCCUUGCCGCCACCGAUCAUCAAGUCUCGCUGCCUUGGGAUGGUAUCACGAGAUGGUGGCGGACGCGAAGGAAGACUAGAAUGGCUCUCCUACAUGUCAUUCUCGUGGUCGGCAUGUUCCUGGCAAGUCAGCCUUCAGAGGAUGGCCACACCGUCGAUGAAGUCAUGGAGAACUGCUUCGCGUGGAGUAAGCUCAGACACGCCAUUCCAGGUGUCUAUCUCGAAGGCACCGAAGCUUAUCGGUGGUUUUGGCUCUUCUGGGCCGCUUGGAUGGUCCUGAUUGGGGUCAAGGAAAUCGGCUGGGUGCGAUCCAUCUUCGAGACGAACAUUGCGCAGUAUCUCGGCAGACACUCCUUUGCCCUGUACCUGAUUCACGCGCAAGUCAUCGGAUCCUUCACAGUCCGCCUGUAUUAUCUUGCAGGCCUCAAGACUCCCGCGGAAAUGGACACUUCCCCACACUUUGAGCAUUUGUACAACGGAUGGCAUGACGCACCCUGGUGGCCGUUCCCUGAUGGAGGCGUUUUCGGAUUCGAGCCGGCGUUCUUGUUCUGUCUGUUCCUCAGCUUCAUCGUCAUGUUCUACCUCUCGGAGAUUGUGACCAGAUGCUUCGACACGCCUGGCGUGAAGCUUUCCAACUGGCUCUACCGGAAAGUCAAGUCUAUGCGCUAG